UUAAUACUUUAUAUUUCCCUCUUACUAAAACUGUUUUCUCUUUUAGAAAUACAGCAUCUCUUCUAUACCAAAGAGAAUGAUUGGGGUUUCAGUCAUUUUAUAUCUUGGAAUGAACUAUUAGCACCAGAAAGCGGGUAUGUCCAAGAUGAUAAAGUUAUUAUUGAAGUCAAAAUGGUUGCAGAUGCCCCUCAUGGUGUCAGUUGGGAUUCCAAGAAACAUACAGGCUAUGUUGGGCUAAAGAACCAAGGUGCAACUUGCUAUAUGAAUUCCUUGCUCCAGACUUUGUUCUUCACUAAUGAACUUAGAAAGGCUGUGUAUUUGAUGCCAACAGAAAGCGAUGACAGCUCUAAAAGUGUUCCUUUGGCACUGCAACGGGUAUUUUAUGAACUCCAGUUUAGUGACAAGCCAGUUGGCACUAAGAAGUUGACAAAAUCUUUUGGGUGGGAAACCUUGGAUUCUUUUAUGCAACACGAUGUACAGGAGUUAUGCAGAGUACUUUUAGAUAAUAUGGAAAGCAAAAUGAAGGGCACAUGUGUUGAAGGUACAAUACCAAAGCUUUUUGAGGGAAAAAUGCUGUCAUACAUCAAAUGUAAACAUGUUGACUAUGGUUCACAGCGGACUGAACCAUUCUACGAUAUUCAGUUGAAUGUGAAGGGCAAGAAAAAUGUAUUGGAAUCCUUUAAAGAUUAUGUGAAAGUUGAAACUUUAGAUGGUGACAAUAAAUAUGAUGCUGGUGAACAUGGCCUACAGGAUGCUGAAAAAGGUGUAAUUUUCUUGAACUUCCCUCCUGUGUUACAUCUGCAGUUGAUGCGAUUUAUGUAUGAUCCAGUUGCUGAUGCUAAUAUAAAGAUUAAUGACAGGUUUGAAUUUCCAGAACGAUUAAACUUAGACACAUUUCUGCAGAAAAAGGAAAAGACCCCAGCCAAUUAUGUUUUACAUGCAGUUCUUGUACAUAGUGGUGACAAUCACGGUGGUCAUUAUGUGGUGUAUGUAAAUCCAAAAGGUGAUGGAAAGUGGUGCAAAUUUGAUGAUGAUGUUGUGUCAAAAUGUACAAAACUUGAAGCUAUUGAUCAUAAUUUUGGUGGUCAGGAUGAUGACAUGACUGUCAGACAUUGUACAAAUGCAUAUAUGUUGGUGUAUAUCAGAGAAAGUUUAAUGGAAGAUGUAUUACAACCAGUGAGUGAGAUAGACAUUCCAGAAGGUUUAAAGAACAGAUUAGCAGAAGAAAGGCGGGUGGAAGCUCAGAAAAGGAAAGAAAGAACUGAAGCUCAUCUUUACAUGAAUGUACAAGUGGUUACUGCUGACCACUUCUGUGGUCAUCAGGGCAAUGAUCUAUUUGAUCCAGAGAAAACCAACUUCAGAGUCUUUAAAGUUAAAAAAACAGCUACACUAAUGGAAUUCAUGGAAAUGUUAUCAGAAAAUUUAAAAUAUCCCAUUGAAAAAAUUCGACCAUGGCCAUUCCAAUGUAGAGAAAAUCAAACAUUCAGACCUACAAUACUAGAUUUGGAAGGAGAUAUCAAUAAAACAGUACAAGAAUUAGCUGAAAGCGAAAAUCCCUGGACAGUAUUUGUUGAGACACUCACUCCAGAAAGCACGAGCUCAAGUUUGCCUCCAUUUGAUAAAAAAUCUGAUGUUCUUAUCUUUCUGAAACUCUAUGAUCCUCGAUCCAAAAGCAUAUCUUAUUGUGGACAUUUAUAUGUACCAAUUUCAACUAGAGUCGCUGAAAUCUUGCCUGAACUGUGCAGAAAGGCUGGUUUCCCCCCAAAUACACCAUUGAUUCUUUAUGAGGAAGUGAAACCUAAUCUUCUUGAAAGGAUUGAUGUUGAUCAGUACUUUGAGAAGAUGGAAGAAAUAAUGGAUGGUGAUAUUUUUGUCUUUCAACGGGAUGAACCAGAUCUUGAAAAUUAUGAAUUAGCUACAGCCAAAGACUAUUUCAGGGACCUCUUUUACCGAGUAGAAGUAAACUUCUGUGAUAAAACAAUUCCAAAUGAUCCAGGCUUCACUCUGGAAUUAUCUCUACGUAUGAAUUAUGAUCAGAUGGCAAAUGCUGUAGCUGCUCAUUUAUGUACUGAUCCGUAUUUGCUCCAGUUCUUUAAGACCCAAGGUUACAGAGAUGGACCAGGGAAUCCUAUUCGAUGUACAUUUGAUGGAACUUUAAAAGAGCUAUUGUUCUAUAUUAAACCCAGACAACCCAAAAAAUUAUAUUAUCAACAGCUUAGUAUACGAAUCAAUGAAUUGGAAAAUAAGAGGCAAAUAAAAUGUAUAUGGAUGAAUAAUAAAUUGAAAGAAGAGAAAGAACUUGUACUAUAUCCCAAUAAAAAUGGUAGAGUGUCUGAUUUAUUAGAAGAAGCUAAAAAACAAGUUGAAUACUCAGAAGAUGGAUCAAAACGAUUACGAUUAUUAGAAAUCAUCAGUUACAAAAUCCACUCAAUUCAAAAGGAAGAUACUUUAUUAGAAAAUCUCACAAAUACAUCUGCUACAGCAAAGACUUAUCGUGUAGAAGAGACUCCAAAAGAUGAAGUAACCCUAGCUGAAGAUGAGAUGAUCAUCCCAGUUGCCCAUUUUCACAAGGAUCUCUUCUGUACAUUUGGAACACCAUUUCUUUUGAAAGUAAAACAUAAUGAGCCAUUUUCUACUGUUAAAGAACGAAUACAGAAAAAGUUAGAUGUUGUUGACAAAGAAUUUGAAAAGUAUAAAUUUGCUGUUGUGAUCAUGGGACGCCAGGAUUACAUCACUGAUGAUGGAGAUUCAGACUUUCAGUUAAACUUGAGUAAAUUUUUACCACAUCAAACAUCAGGAGGAGGAUUACAGACUCGGCCUUGGCUAGGUUUGGAUCAUGUAAACAAAACACCUAAAAGAUCCCGUUACAAUUAUUUGGAGAAGGCAAUUAAAAUUCACAAUUAACUGUCAAUAAUUCCAAGAUAGUGGCUAAUGAGGAAAAAGUGAGAUAUGCCAAAAGCAGCAGCAGCAGCAACAACAAGAGCUGUUCAUAUGCAGUCAUCAUUGCUGUUGGUGGUCAGCUUUAAUAAAGUGCUGGCAACAGCAAAUUGUUGACAUAGAAAUGUUGGCUUGUUCUGCCAGUGGCACUUAGCUGUCUGUCCAUGUGUGUGUUUGCCAGCCCUGCCAACAUCAUCUGCAAUAUUUCUGCUCUCUUCCUACAUCCAAUCUGCCUCUUCAUCUUUUCUUCUUUUACCUUUUGUCUAUACUUUUAUUUUAAAAACUAUUGAUGAUAGAGAGCGUGUAGAUGUGAGCUAUUUAUGAAAGGGUGACUUCAUUGUUCUGACAGUGGAAACUGCAGCUGGCAUUAACAUCUUUUAAUCUCUCCCUUCUCUUUUUCUUCCCCAUAUCUGAAGCAUUAUGGCUAUCACAGCUUGCUGCUUGUCCUAAACAUAGUUACCAAGAUUGUAACAACUUUAUUUCUCUGUGGAUAUACCAACAAAGUUAACUGAAAAUAAAUAUCUAAGCCACAGUAAAUACAACUGUUACCACCACUACAUCACAUUGAUUUCUGUUAUUCACUGUCAAAAAAAAAAGGUACACACACACACACACACACACACACACACACACACACACACACACACACACACACACACGCAUACAUACAUGUAAAGGUUUUUAACAUACAUUUAUAUUGAGAACAAAGCACAAAUAUUGUUAUGUACACAACUUACAUCCACACAUAUGAAACAAGUCUUUUGUUCAUAAAAAUCUGCAGAAAUACACUGAAAUUGUAAUUGCUCUUUGCAUACAGAAAAAGAACACACAUUGUUUUAAAAUAUUUUUUUAAAGAUCUUAAGGCAAGUGAUGUGUUUUACACAUUGUAGUUUGUCUACUUUCUUGCUCUUGUAUAUUGCCUCUUGUCUACUAUUCUCUACCGUCCACCAACACAUUCUAGAUCAAUUUCUCCUUUCAUCUAUUUAGUUGUACUCUUUGGUGGUGAUGGUGAUGAUGGCACAUCUUUUAGCCUUGUCUCACAUUUUUUCAAAUUUACUGAAACACAUUAAUAGCAAUAGGAAAACUGUACACUAAUUUGGUUCUUGAGCAACUUCUGAAGACAGCUAGCUUUGUGUAGGACUAGUGACCAGUCAUUUCAAUUGGCACUAACAAUUUGCUGUACUUUAGUCCCCCUCUCUUGUAAAACCCUCACUUUCUCUCUUGUAGUCUUUAUAUUCAAUUUGACUAGAAUGUUAAAACUGGAGUGGAAGGUCGAAAUGAUUUCCAGGAAAGAAAAGGAUAUAGAGUUUGCUAGAGUAUCUCUUGCAAGAAUUUUUUUUUUAAUUUUACAUUUGAAAUGUCAGGUUUUUCUCAGAAGGACAUGUAAGAAACCAAAUGACUUUUCAAUGACUGGAUGUACUUUUCAAUGGUAAAUAAUAAAAGAACUGAUUUUUCUGGAAAUUGAACAUUUCCCUUCUCUAGAACAUUUGAAAUCUGUUGAAAAAGGAAAUAUUAGAAACUGCGAUAUUAAAGGUGUUUAGUAUAAACAACUAAAACUGGAAAGAACUGGAAAAAUAAUAAAACUGAAGGCUUGUUUGUA